CACUCCUCCCCUCCUUCCUCCGCAGAGCCGGAGCUUUCUCCCUCUUUAAACCAUGCUCAGGCUCCCAGUCCUCCUCGGUGCCUGUUUGCCUUCGUGAGGGGAGAUUUCUCAGCGUGUUCAUGUCAUGACACAGUGCAGCGCAGGAUCCAAGUGGUCGCCUCUAACGCCACUGCAACCCCGAUGCCCACGACUCUUUUGCAGUGCUUUGAGUUUGGUUACAUGAAAUAUGCGAUGUUCGCAGGAGUGCCCGGUUCUUUUGCUGCUACACUUAGUUUUCAUUUUGGCAGCCGGCCAUGAAGAGCUCUCCGACUCUGGCAGGCUCUUCUCCCUCUUUGCAGAACAAGGUCAGUUGUCCCAGUCAGAUGUGUCCACUGUCCACCCAGUGAAAACCACAGCUGAUGGAGACUUCAUCUCCCACUCUCUGGCUCACCACAUCAGGGGUGAGCGAGUCAGGCGUGACCUGCGACCCCAUGGUUUGGAGGAGCAGGUUUUCUACAAGGUCAACUACAGGGGUCGCGCUUUAUUGUUCAAUUUGACUGCAAACAACCACCUGGUUUCAAGUGACUACAUCCUGGAGAGGAGGAACGGCAGUGCCAACAGGACUGAGCAUCAUCGCUCUGAGGGGAACUCCUGUCACCUCCUUGGCACUGUGGAAGCGUCUGAUGUGCGAGGAACUGCUGCCAUCAGCACCUGUAAAGGACUGAGAGGCUUCUUCUCCCUGCCAGAGGGACACUUCUUUAUUGAACCUGUCCAGAAAUCCUCUGAUGAUCCUGCAGGGACUCCAGAGCCCCAUAUCGUCUAUCCAAGAGUUACACCAGAAAGUCAGAGAAAAAAACGCAGCAUUGAGUCCAAAAAGACACCCAGCCCCUGUGGAGUUCAAGAUGCUCCAAGUGACUCUGUCCAGGUGGAGAGGGAGAGGGAGGAGUGGGAGAGGGAGCAGCAGAGGGGGGAGGCUCAGGCUCAGUCCCGCUCGCAGCGCUCGGUCAGCAGAGAGCGCUGGGUGGAGACAAUGGUGGUGGCUGAUGCAAAACUCAUAGAAUACCACGGCAGCGAUAAUGUGGAGUCGUACAUCUUCACCAUCAUGAACAUGGUGGCUGGGAUCUUUCAUGAUGCCAGUAUUGGGAACGCCAUCCACGUCAUCUUGGUUCGCCUCAUUCUUCUCCAGGGCGAGGAGAAAGGGUUGAAGAUCGUCCACCAUGCAGACACCACUUUGGCCAGUUUCUGUGCAUGGCAGAAAAACCUCAAUCCCCAGAGUGACACACACCCAGCUCAUCAUGACGUGGCUGUAUUGGUCACUAGGAAAGACAUCUGUGCUGGAAUGAAUCAGCCCUGUGAGACCCUGGGUCUGUCUCAUCUGUCUGGGAUGUGUCAACCACACCGCAGCUGCAACAUCAAUGAGGAUUCGGGACUACCUGUCGCCUUCACUGUCGCUCAUGAGAUGGGCCACAGCUUUGGAAUUCAUCACGACGGUCAGGGGAAUGACUGUGAGCUGGAAGGGAGGCACCCGUUCAUCAUGUCCAGACAGCUGAUGUACGACAGCUCGCCUCUCACUUGGUCCUCCUGCUCCAAAGAAUACAUCACACGCUUCCUCGAUCGUGGCUGGGGUUUCUGUCUGGAUGACCGCCCGUCCAAGAGGGACCUAACCACCCCACUGGCUCGCCUCGGUGUCCGCUACACCACACACCACCAGUGCCAGCUUCAGUACGGCCCAAAUGCUACCUUCUGCCAUGAGGUUGAUAACGUUUGCCAGAUCCUGUGGUGUUCAGUGAACGGCUCCUGUCGCUCCAAACUGGACUCGCCUAUAGAUGGCACUCGAUGUGGACCGGAGAAGUGGUGUAUCUCAGGAGAGUGUGUAAUUGUGGGUAAACUCCCAGAGACUGUGAAUGGAGGCUGGGGACAGUGGAGUACCUGGUCUCACUGCUCCAGGACCUGUGGGACUGGAGUUCAGUCAGCAGAGAGGGAGUGUAACAACCCCAAACCAGAGUUUGGGGGAAAGUAUUGCACUGGGGAAAGAAAGCGUUAUCGCACCUGUAACACAAAACCCUGUCUGAAGAAUAAACCAACUUUUCGGGAGAUGCUGUGCAGUGAGUUUGACACAGUGCCCUACCACAACGAGCUCUACCAGUGGAUUCCUGUGGCUAACCCAGUGAACCCCUGCGAGCUGCACUGUCGACCAGUCGUUGAGUACUUUUCGGAGAAGAUGCUCGACGCCGUGACAGACGGGACGCCGUGUUUCAUGAACAACAAGUCCAGAAACAUCUGCGUCAACGGAGUGUGCAAGGCGGUAGGCUGUGACUAUGGCAUCGACUCAAACGCUGUGGAGGAUCGUUGUGGAGUCUGUUUGGGCGAUGGCACAAGCUGUGAGACGGUCCACAAGACGUUUGAUGAAGAAGAAGGCUUUGGGUACAUGGACGUGGGUGUGAUACCUGUGGGGGCGCGGGACAUCCUGGUAAAGGAAGUGGAGGAGGCAGGUAACUUCCUGGCUCUGAGGAGCGAGGCGUCAGAGGAGGAGUACUUUCUCAAUGGCAACUUCAUCAUCCAGUGGAACGGGGAGUAUGAGGCCGGUGGGACGACAUUCUACUACGAACGCAGCGGGAACCUGGAGAACCUUACCGCUCCUGGACCCACCAAAGAGCCAAUUGUACUGCAGUUGCUCUUUCAGGAGAGGAACCCGGGUAUAAAGUACGAGUACAUCAUCAGGAAGACCAAAGAGACAGGAAAUGAGGUCAUCGAACCCAUUUACAGGUGGAGACAUGGGGCGUGGACGGACUGCAGCACCACCUGUGGCUUAGGUGAGCAGCACCAGCCUGUUCGGUGCUUUGAGAUGGACAUGGGUGUCGUGGAUGAGUCUCUGUGUGACCCUGCCAGCCGUCCAGAAGACAGGCACCGAAAAUGCAAGAAUAUGGAUUGUCCCGCAAGGUGGUGGGUGGGUGGCUGGCAGCAGUGUACGGCCACCUGUGGUUCAGACGGGGUACGGAAACGAACCGUGCUCUGUGUUCGAACAGUGUCAGGCGAGGAAAGGGUGCUCCAUCCUGUCGAGUGCAAGCAUCUCCUUAAACCCAAACCUGUGGUGCCAUGUAACAGAGAUGUCCCCUGUGGACAGGACUGGGCUGUCGGCAACUGGGAAGAGUGCCCAGUCACAUGUGGAGGAGGUGUUCGCUCACGUACAGUCACAUGUGCACUAUCACCCAAGAAGACCUGCGACCUCUCAACCAAACCUCGGUCCAGAUCGCUGUGUGCCUUGCAGAGCUGCCCUAACUCAAGUCUCCGGCGACGACCGGGGCCUCCACCUAAAUACCGCCGCAUCUUCCCACCCAAGAGCCACCCCACGAAGCAUCCUACAUCUGCACCUACCUGGGCUCCCUCAAGCACCACGGCCACAGCUGCACCCACAGCUGCCGUCACUGUAAAGAGGAAAACAACCACCACAGCAACUACAACUGCUUUCAUCCCUUCCACAACAUCCCUUUCAACCCCUAAAACAACAAUCCCUGAAAUCAUAGACACAGAUGAUUAUGAGUUUGAUGUUAAAGUGAAGAACAAUGAGGAUAAGAAAGGGAAAGUUUCCCCGCCCAAAGCCAAAUCUGCUGAAAAGGACAGUAAAGUAACUGGCGUGGAAAAGGAAAAGGUAGAGGAGAGUGACGAGGGAGAGGAGGGAAGUACGCCAAAUGUGGUGAUGUAUACUCCAGGAUAUGAUUAUGUUGUUGAGGAUAGGACAACAGAGGAGGAGGAGGGGAUCAUUGACCUGGAUGUUACCACAUCUACAUCACUCAAAAAUCCUCUUAAAUCAACCACGCCGGCACCACUCAUCACACCUGCUUUGCAAACGAGUCCACCCACCAAAGCAUCCACCUACUCCACCCCACACACCAGUACUAAAACAUGGGCGAAGACCACUUACCACUAUCCCUUCCCCAACCCCCACACCACCCCACGUAUCAAUCCAUACAGCCCCAGGACACACAGAGUUCCCCUCACCACUCCUGCGUACCACUCUGUAACAUCGAAAGCGGGCUUCACUACGACAAGAGCUCCUUCAACAACUGCAAGGAAACCAUUCACCAUGGCAGCAUCACCCCAGCCCACAGUUAAGAUCAUUAAACUAAAGAAGCCUGCCGUGACGCCCAGGAAAAACAGCUCCACCUCUCGUUCUAAAAAGCCGUCCUCCUGGCCCAAAGGCGGUCGCUCCAAGAGCCAAAACCAGCGACCACAAAGUCCCGUGAGCAGCUCCGUCAGUGACCAGAGCAACGUGAUGGCCAGAGAGCCGGUCAGCAUGGAUCUAUUCUGGAUUGUAGGAAACUGGAGUGAGUGUUCAACAACAUGUGGAAUUGGAGCAAUAUGGAGGACAGUGGUGUGCAGCUCCCAGAAGGAUGAGGACUGUGCCAACAUAAAGAGACCUGAGCCUGCACGCACGUGUCACCUGCAGCCCUGUGCCACCUGGCAAAGUGGCAGCUGGAGCAAGUGUCCAGAUAACUGUGCGGUGGUGGGAAGGAGGUACCGUGAUGUCCAGUGUGUCGAUUCGCAGAGUAAACGUCCCCUUCGACCUUUCCACUGUCAAGCUGUGUCCAGCAGACCCCUCAGCACCUUGGCGUGCCCUCACAAGCCCUGUAUGAGCUGGAGUACAUCACCAUGGGGACCGUGCUCUGGCAGCUGUGGUGAAGGUGUCAGGGAGCGGCUGGUGUACUGCCCCGAGCCUAAUCGCUGUAGCACCACACUGAGGCCAAACGGCACGGAGCUGUGCAGUUUAAAGCCCUGCACUCAAUGGAAGGCUGAGGACUGGGAGGAGUGCUCUGUGAGUUGUGGUGGGGGUCAGCAGCAGCGUGAAGUUAACUGUGUAACUGAGCAGGAUUUGGCUGUAAUGCCAAACAGCCUCUGUGAGAAGAUUUCCAAACCAGAAACACUCAGGAAGUGCAAUAUGCAGGAAUGCAAGACCAACACAGGUCCAGUUUGCAGGAAGAACACCAUGUCCUCUCGCUUCUGUGACAAGCUGAAGCUGUUGGGUCGCUGCUCUCUCAGGUCUGUCCAAAGACAGUGUUGUGUCACCUGUGGGUCAUAGCCAGGGUCACACACUCAUAUUACAAUGGACACAUCCACAACUACAGUAAUACUUACUGUAUCCUCAUGCAACACAAAGCCAUCCACAGACUGACACGUCCAAACCAAAGUGCUUUUGACCACAACAAGCACAUCGUAAUCAGCACAAGAAACCUGGGUCGACCAAAAUUAUAUUUCCAGUAUAUAUAUGUAUAUUUUAAACUUUUUUAGGUCUUUGUAACUUUUUACAAUGAAAAUUUUGCUAGAAACAUUGAAAAAAACUGAGCAAAAGAGCAUUCAGAACACCGUUAAUGAAUACACAUGCAGACUUCUACAAAUGUAAGAGCUUAAAGGAAUACUUGACCUCAGAAACAUCCAUUUAUAUAUCAUUUAGUCACUCCAUUUUACAUUGAAUUUGUGAAGAAAACUUUGUUUUUCUUGCACGCCUCCAUGGUAAACACAGAGUUCAAAACUUAGAAAAUUCUUGAUUAAUUUAAGUCAUGGGUUAUAUGUUUAAGAACAUAGCAAAACAUCACUCUCACACAACUUGUGCAGUGUAAUCCAAGUCUCAUUUAUGCUCAGUACUUCCUAAACACAUGCAUUUUCGCUAAAUUGUUACUAUUAAAAACAAUGUACCAUAAACGGCCCAAGCACGUGCAAGAGACAAUUUAGCUGUUGUUAAACACCGACCCCUGUGACUUAAAUUCUUCAAGAAAUAUCUCAAUUUUUCUCAAACAAAGUUUUCAACCCAAUUCAACUUACCACAGGGUGAGAAGUUGAUAAAAAAAAUUGUCAAAUUUGGGGGAUUAAGUAUUCUUUAAAUGUUUGUUGAGCCAUGUGGAGGUGUGGAGAAAUGCUUAUCAGAAUUAAAAUAGUUAUUUUUUUAUUAAAAUAAUUAAGAAUUUAUUAACAGGCAAGUUUUAUGAUGUUUAAGGACAUAAAACAAAUGUGUUUAACUGGUGCAAAGUACAGUAAUGCAGUUGAAACAGACUAUACCAAGUCAAAUAACUAAUUUAAGAAGUAAUCAAUAAGCACAAUUCCGAGAUACAAAAGCUCAGUCCAGUGCAAGAGACACUCCUACACAGUUAUGAUGAAUUAAUAACACAAGGUACAGUAUUCACCACUUUUAUUCAGUAACAAAAAUCAGUAAUGACCUACGGUACAUAUCUUUCCGGUGCUUUUAUAACCGUGGUGCUGAUGAUUCACCGAUCCACAGUCAAAUUACCAGUUAUAUUUUUAUUUCAGAGUGAACUGGUAAAAACAGAAUGUAAAUAAAGAUUUUUGUGACCUCUAUAAAAUUGUUAAUAGUAAUUAUAAUCUGUGUUUUUUUUUACUCAUAUAUUUUGCUUUUGUUUCUGCGUGAAUUGUGGUUUUCCUCUCAGAGCUGGCACUGUGUGUUUACAUUUUCCUGGGUACAAGUUCCUGCUUUAGUCUUUUGGUUUUUUUUAAACGAUUGUCAGUGAUAAUUAAAUCGGCUGCAGAACCUGCACUGUUCUGCGGUUGAACCUGUGGUGCUCCUCCUCUGGUGUGAGAUUGACCAACGAGAAAGAGGUGUUGCAGGUCAUCCCUCUCAGGUCCCUGUAAAGAUGGCCGCUGUGUUUGUAUGAUGUUGUACAGGCAUUGUGUGCGCACAUGGUACAUCACCUUGACUGAUUUGUACUUCACAUGUCUCCAUCAAUAGAUGUGAUGAUAAAAGAUUGUUGUGACAAAAAUGCUUUGUAACUGAGACAUGAAAUAAAAUUUUCUUUGAG